AUGGGAAAAGACGCCCAGAUAUUCCGCCGACCGCCGCGCUACGUCGUGGCGAGCCUGGUCUGCUCCGUCGGUGGGCUCCUGCAGGGCAUCGACACGGGCAUCAUCGGCCCCGCGACCGUCAUGGGCAGCUAUGUCGACCACUUUGGCCACCCGAGCCCUGCGGUGCACGGGCUCGUGGUGUCGUCGAUGCUCCUCUCCGCGGCCGUCACGUCGUUCCUCGCCGGGCACGUCGCCGACAGCCUGGGCCGGUCGUCGGGCAUCGCCAUUGGCGGGCUCGUCUUUGCGCUCGGCGUCGUGCUCGAAGCCGGGGCGGUGCAUCUCGGCAUGUUCAUCGCCGGCCGUCUGGUCGUCGGCGUCGGCGAGGGCUUCAUUAAUGGCAUCAUGCUGGCGUGA